GCCGAAGAAAGCGCGGGCCAUCUGUGCGCAUGCGCGGCGGAUGCUCGCUCUGCCUCCGCCGCGCUUGACCGCUGCCUGGCAUCGCAGGUUCUGUCCUCGGCUCACGCCCUUCUGCCGGCGGGGUCUGAGGCGUGUGUUGCUGCCCGAGUGAAUUCGCGGCAGCACAAGCGGGUGUGGCGAACGGGAGGUCCCUGGAGCGGCCUCUCCCGAUGGGCCUCAGCCUAGAGGAGCCGGCGCUAUGGCUGCUCUUUACCAGAGCUCGGACCCGUCGGCCUCGGCCUCCCCCAACAAGCUGCUGGCGCUGAAGGACGUCCGGCAGGUGAAGGAGGAGACCACCCUGGACGAGAAGCUCUUCCUGCUGGCUUGCGACAAAGGUGAUUUCUACAUGGUGAAGAAGCUUUUGGAGCAGAAUAGCUCUGGGGAAAUGAACAUAAAUUGUGUGGAUGUGCUUGGGAGAAAUGCUGUUACCAUAACUAUUGAAAAUGAGAAUCUAGACAUACUACAGUUGCUUCUGGAUUAUGGCUGCCAGUCUACAGAUGCACUCUUGGUGGCCAUUGACUCAGAAGUUGUAGGAGCUGUGGAUAUACUACUUAAUCAUCGACCAAAACGCUCCAGUAGGCCAACAAUUGUUAAAUUAAUGGAACGUAUUCAGAAUCCAGAAUAUUCAACAACCAUGGAUGUGGCACCUGUUAUUUUAGCUGCUCACCGUAACAACUAUGAAAUCCUUACCAUGCUUUUAAAACAAGAUGUGUCACUACCCAAACCUCAUGCUGUGGGCUGUGAAUGCACAUUGUGUACAGCCAAGAACAAAAAAGAUAGCCUACGGCACUCCAGAUUUCGCCUUGAUAUAUAUCGAUGUUUGGCCAGUCCUGCCUUAAUAAUGUUGACAGAGGAAGAUCCAAUUCUGAGAGCCUUUGAACUUAGUGCGGAUUUAAGAGAACUUAGCCUUGUAGAAGUUGAAUUCAGAAAUGAUUAUGAAGAACUAGCCCAGCAGUGUAAGACUUUUGCUAAAGAUUUGCUUGCUCAGGCGAGGAAUUCACGGGAGCUUGAAGUUAUACUGAACCACACAGCAAGUGAUGAACGUGUGGAUAAACGAGGACUGUUAGAAGAGAGAAUGAAUUUGAGUCGCCUAAAGCUUGCUAUUAAAUAUAACCAAAAGGAGUUCGUUGCACAGUCUAACUGCCAGCAAUUUCUCAACACUGUCUGGUUUGGACAAAUGGCUGGUUACCGCCGCAAGCACACAUUUAAGAAGAUUUUCACGGUCUUGACAGUUGGCAUCUUUUGGCCAAUAUUAUCUCUCUGUUAUUUACUGGCCCCCAAAUCACGAAUAGGCCGAAUAAUUCAUACUCCUUUUAUGAAGUUUAUUAUCCAUGGAGCUUCAUAUUUCACCUUUCUGUUAUUACUUAACUUAUAUUCGCUUGUCUACAAUGAAGAUAAAAAAAACACAAUGGGACCAGAAUUGGAGAGAAUAGAUUAUCUUCUAAUACUGUGGCUAAUUGGAAUGGUAUGGUCAGAUGUUAAAAGGCUUUGGUAUGAAGGCUUAGAAGACUUCUUGGAUGAAUCCAGAAAUCAACUUAGUUUUGUCAUGAAUUCUCUCUAUUUGGCAACUUUUGCUCUCAAAGUAGUUGCCCAUAACAAGUUCUACGAUUUUGCUGAGAGGAAGGAUUGGGAUGCCUUCCAUCCUACACUGGUGGCAGAAGGUCUGUUUGCUUUCGCUAAUGUUCUCAGUUACCUCCGGCUUUUCUUCAUGUAUACGACAAGCUCUGUCCUAGGGCCACUUCAGAUCUCAAUGGGGCAGAUGCUGCAAGACUUUGGAAAGUUUCUUGGAAUGUUCCUUCUUGUGUUGUUCUCAUUCACAAUUGGGUUGACUCAACUGUAUGACAAAGGAUUCACUGUAGAUGAAGAAAAGGACUGUGCUGGGAUCUUCUGUGAACAGCAAAGCAAUGACACAUUUCACUCGUUUAUUGGCACCUGCUUUGCUCUGUUCUGGUACAUAUUCUCUCUGGCACAUGUAGCCAUAUUUGUAACCAGAUUCAGCUAUGGGGAAGAGCUGCAAUCUUUUGUGGGUGCUGUUAUUGUUGGCACAUAUAAUGUAGUAGUUGUGAUCGUCCUUACCAAACUCUUAGUAGCGAUGCUUCAUAAAAGCUUUCAGCUGAUAGCAAAUCACGAGGACAAAGAAUGGAAGUUUGCUCGUGCCAAACUCUGGCUUAGCUACUUUGAUGACAAAUGCACCCUACCUCCACCUUUCAAUAUUAUUCCCUCUCCCAAGACUAUCUGCUAUCUAUUUAACAGCCUCAGUAAGUGGAUCUGUUCUCAUACAUCAUCUGGCAAAGUCAAGCGACAGAACAGCUUAAAAGAGUGGAAAAAUCUGAAGCAAAAGAGGGAUGAAAAUUACCAAAAAGUGAUGUGUUGCUUAGUUCAUCGUUACUUGACUUCCAUGAGGCAGAGAAUGCAAAGUACUGACCAGGCAACGGUUGAAAACCUCAAUGAACUACGACAGGACUUGUCAAAAUUCCGAAAUGAAAUUAGAGAUCUACUUGGUUUCCGGACUUCGAAGUAUGCCAUAUUUUAUCAGCGAAACUAAAAUUCGACAUUUAAAAUAAAAUGCCUAACGUUAAAUACCUUCAUUUGAAUAUUUUUAUCAGCCCAAAUAAAAAAAGGUGACUCUUUCUUAUUCAUAUAUUUUAAAAAUACCACUGCAUGAGCACAGCCAAAUUCACUUGUGAAAAAAAUGACUGUUUUUGUAUUUUGAAGCUUUUUAUCGUGUGUACAGUAUAGAAAACUUGUAUAUAGUCUGCUAAAGGCAAAUUUUCUGCCAAAGGUCUGCUGAAAAGUCUCAUUAACUACUCGAUAUUAGAACUGAAUCCUUGUUUGCAUUUUUUUUUUUGCAUCUUUGAGAAGUGAAUAAGGAUUGAAUGUCUUUCACCUUCUUCCACUGUGUAACAGCAGCACAAAUAAGAAUCCUAAAAUUACCCUUAUUCAUUCUAGUAGUACAGGCAGCAGCAAAAGAUUGGAAUAACUGAAAAAGCACAUUUGUGGAAGGUGAUAUGUAAAGUUCAUAUAAAACAUUUUUACAAUGAUUAUUUUGAAGCAGACAUGCAUAGAUCUUGAAAGGCUAGAUCACUAUAAUAUUUCCUGGGGUUUUUUGUAUUUGAUGCCACUGUAUGAUACCAAAGAUUAUAACAUUUUGGGACUGGAUUCGUGAUCUUAUUUUUAAGCAAAACUGGUGGCUAAGUGAAGUUUCCAAUAGGAAAUCCCAAUUCGUAUCCAAAUCUUUUGGAUUUUUAAAAUUAAGUUAUUUUCAAAUGGCAACCCAUUAAACCAUACUUGAAAUAUUGAAUUUCAACAUAACCUUUAAAUCAUUUUAUGUGGAAGUAAGUCCCACAUAUGUUUCAAUGGAAUUAAAUUCCAAACAUUGUUUCACAAUGUUAACUAUUAUAGACAGUGGUCUCCAUUCAAACUAAGAAUUGUGUGGGGAACAUUUCUGCAUACACACAAAGGGACAGGACAAUAUUCAGUUAUUCCCCUGCCUUCCCUUCGUAGCUGCCCGUGCCUUCCAAAAAUAUAUUCCUCAGGGUUAUGGGAUGCUCAGAUACAUUUUCAGGAGGCAUAGGUUGCUGUGAAGAAAAGGAGAAUUGCCAAAUAUCACCCCUCUUCUCUGUGUGCGUGUAGAAGAUUUUCCCGUGCACAACUCUUUUUAAGUCCAAUUGAAAUAAGUAAAUCAAGUCAGUUUCGACAGCUAAUAGAAGAUUUACUUAUUUAAAUUGGAUUGGGGUCUGUGUGUUGGUAGGAAAUACUUUAUGAAGACUGUGGGCCAAUUUGGAUGAUACUUUGUCAGCCCCAGCAUGCAAUAAGGAUGUGCCUAUACCAGGACAUCAUUCCAGCACAUUCUCAUCAUAUCAUUUGAGAAUGUCAUCUUCACUAUGAGCCCCAUUGCCCACUAAGAUGAUCUGGAGAGGUUCAUCCACAGUUGCCACCUGCUUGUCUGGUGGAAACACAGGGAUGGGCUUUAUGUUGCUGCACCAAGACUCUGGAAUGUACUCCCUGCUUAAAUAAGAACCUCCCCAUAUCUGACAAUUUUAAAAAAGUCUCUAAAGACGCAUUUAUUUGCCCAAGCUUUUUAGACCUGUGGUUUUACUUGUGGUUGCUGGAUAUAAAUGUAAAAAUAAAAUAAAUUGUUUAAAGGUUUUAAUUUCUGUUUUAAUUUGUUUAUGUUGCUAUAAACUGCCCAGAGAUGGAAGUUUGGGGCAGUGUAUAAAUCACACACACACACACUCUGUGUGUGUGUGUGUGUGUGUGUGUGUGUGUGUGUGUGUGUGUGUGUGUGUGUUGGGGCUGAUUGAAAAAGUAUUGUCCAAACUGUACUUUCUUAUUCUGAAUGACUAAGAAGAAGGGCUGGUCUUGUGGUAGCAUGCAUGACUUGUCCCCUUAGCUAAGCAGGGUCCGCCCUGGUUGCAUAUGAAUGGGAGACUAGAAAUGUGAGCACUGUAAGAUAUUCCCCUCAGGGGAUGGAGCCGCCACUCUGGGAAGAGCGGAAGGUUUCAAAUUCCCUCCCUGGCUUCUCCAAGAUAGGGCUGAAAGAGAUUCCUGCCUGCAGCCUUGGAGAAGCUGCUGCCAGUCUGUGUAGACAAUACUUAGCUAGAUAGACCAAUGGUCUGACUCAGUAUAUGGCAGCUUCAUAUGUUGCUAUGAAUGCAUUUUGCUUAAUUUUCUUAAGUGCUAAGUGUAAUAUGGUUUAUAUUGUAAACAUUGAAAUGAUCAGCAAUUUCAUUCUGCUUAAUAAGGAAGUAAGGGGGAAUGUUGUUUGUACAGUAAAUGUUUCUGAUCUGGAUAGUGAUCCAGCGACAGUCAUAAAUAGGAGUUCUGUGCCUGUGCAGAUUGCUCAGUGACAAUGUGGUUUCUUUUGGCUGCCAGUGGUUUCCUUUUCCCAGUCUGCCCGAACGGAAUCCAAGUCUGCCAAACUCCUGGCAAUCCUUUGCCCUAUCACUCCCUCUCUUAUCAUUGGCCACUAGCUUGGUGUGGGCGCUGAAAAGCAGCCACUUUGGCUCUUUUGGCACAUCCUUGGCUGCUCUUGGUAUGGCUGUCACUUUCCUCACGUUCCCUAGUGUUGUACUAUCAGAAGAUGGUGAUCCCCUUUCCUGAUGGUUAAAGAGGGAGCAUUGCAUUUCCAAUUAAGUCCCCACUACCUCCACCUCAGUCGCUGUAAUGGGGCUUAUUGCUUAAACCGAUGUCCUCUUUCUUGUGUCCACCUCUCUUUGUUUGCCUCAGCCCAUGGCUUGGUGCUUGCCCCACACCCAGUCUUCCCUCAGUCACUUUUGUUCCCCCUUUCCCGCCCUGCAACUUUGUGCAUGCAAGAAACACACAACUCAAAGAUGUUUAAAUAGCACUGCUUAACUAAAGAUUAAAGAGGCACCAAACACCAAGAUGUGAGAGGGAUCCGAAAUGAUUAGUCAGAAAUUAGGUUAGGAGUGUUGUUGAUGUUUUUGCUUCUGAAACAUUUGCUUUGCAGCAGGUGAGCAGGAAAGGACGACACUGGCCCAUGGCACCACAGCACAGAAAGUUGCUUGCGGCUUUCUUUUGGCUCCCAUAGUCAGCCUCCCUCCCCUCCUGCCUCCCCCCACCCCCUUAUAUUCCUGGUCAGUGUCUGUGCCCAAGUGUGCUUGAAGGAGAAACCACUAAGGCAUUGGCUACCUACAGCUGCCACACUACUCAACUGCUUCUGGGGCACUCUGCACUGGUUUCUUUGUGGGCAGAGGCGGAGCUCUUGCCACAAGCCUAAAAAUAAAAAAUCACCAGGGUCAGUUGGGUUGUAACGUGGUGGCAAAUUGAAGUGCAGUUAAAACAAACAAGCCAACUACAAACUUUGGAUACAGCGCCUGGUUUGUUGGGCCAGAUUGAACCUUCAGAUGAAUUUCAGAGGUGCGUUCAGACAAAAAACAAACCAGGGAAGAUGAAAUUCAACCUAACUUCUGCAUUGUGUCUGAACUGGCCCAGUAUCUAAUAAAGAGAGGAUGAGAUUUAAGUCAACAUUUUUCCUUUUGAGGGAGUUUAAUAUUUCUUGAAAAGCAUAUUUAUUUUGUGUAUUAUAGCAUUGCAUAUUACUUCACUGGGUAAGUUUUAUUGAGUUCUGGGUGAGUUUUAUUGGUUAAAAUUUGAGUUUUAUUUUGAAUUGUCUGUAGACUUCAUUUAAAUAAUAAUUGAAUCACUAUUCUGUUUUCCAAAAAAAGGAAUUAAUAGCAUUCUUUUCACUGGAAGGUAAAUGAAAGAUUUUUGUUUAAAAAUAUGUGAAUGCUUAAUGCCAUAUAUUUUGUCAGAAAUAGAACUGUAUUUGUAAAACAUUUGGCUUAUGCUAGCCUAAUAGAUAAUGCGAGGAUGUAUUCAGUAAAGUUUACGUUGGCUACUGUAUAUCACAUGAAAUGAUAUAAUGUGGUCUGGAUAUCUUUUCAUUGGAAUUUAUAGAACAGAAGCUAGUCUGUUUUUGUGAUACUUUCUCUUAUCUUGUUUUUCUGCUAUUUUCUUGGGUUGACCUAUUCACUAUCAGCUGUGCUUGUUUUUUAAAAAUGUCCACAGAAAUAAAUAACAAGAUCUGCA